AAGCCAUCUGAAAUGGAUGAAAGACAGAAGUUGACCGUGGCUUCUACCUGGAAGUUUAAUCCUCAAGCGAUUCUUGAAAUAAGAGACAAUCUUAAGAACAUCGAAGAUACAGGGAUAUCCUGUAGAUAUGAACAGCCGGACGAUGUCUUUAUCGUUGACAGCAGCGGGACCGCCGAAAAAACUUCCGCUCUCGGUCAACUACUAGCGUCUUUUAUUGACGAGGAGAAGGACAAUGAUUUGCUAGAGAGGCCCAAAAUCACCCGCAUUGUUGCACCUCCGUCAAUGGAGGAGCGGGGUUUCGAAUCAAGCUCAGAAAAUGAUGAAGCUUCCCUCAUGGAAACGCCUAGUGAUGUGCAAGAAGCCAUUCCAAUGUCGCUCCCAGGCAAACAUUGGGAAUCGAAAGCCGGCGGGGUAGAAUGCUUUUUAAGGCUGCCAUAUGAUGUGUUGGCUGAAGUUGCUGAUGCAACGGGAGCACAGAUUGAUUUGGACGCGGAAAAUAAGCGAAUUCGAGUAGCAAGUAUCGUUCCCGCACGAGUUGAAGACGCUGUUCAUAAGCUCGAUAAUCUGGAUAGGGCUAUAUCCCUUGCAACAUCGUCUCAUGUUGAGAAUAUGCUACAUAUGACUGACAGUAAAGAUUUCACUUUGAGAUUGCGUACUUACGCGAGUCUGAACCAUCUGGCUCUCCGACGGCUUCUCGUUGACCCACGUGUCAAGGGAGAAACCCAGUUUGAGAAAAUGUAUGCAACAGUCAUAGAAUUUCCAAAUUCAGAAAACAAAACCAGCGAGCUGCCCAAAAAUAUUGCUGCUCCUCCACGACCCACGCUGCUCCGAAAAGGGCGCCCAACCAUCUGGUCUGAUUUUCUGUUUGCGGAACUCGGGGAUGUUGAUAAUUUCCCGGAUACCCCUUCUACUGAUGAAGCCACCACUCGCCACGGAGCACAGUGUUACCAGACCUAUUCAGCCCCUCACAUUACGUUAUCGGAGGAGACGGAAGGAGAUAAACAUCCAUUUCUUAGCCGUGAAAAAGUGUCACUCGUUGAUAAGUGGGUUUCCGAUGGUUUCGAAGCCGGGGUUGUGGGACCUUCAUGUUCUGGGCCGCCGAAUAUUCUACGUGCUUAUGAUUCUUCACCAGAACCGACUCCGCCCCUACUUGCUGCCCCCGGCCUUAAAAAACGUGUAGCCAUGGUUACUAGCUCUGCAGGCUCCUUGCAUCAAACUCGAGAGCCGCACUCCUUUGGCAUCAAGGCCCCAAUGCCUGUGUCCAUUGGAUCACAUCUAACCGGCGUUGAGGCCUGUCAGCCAAAUCUAUCUACCACUCAGUGUGAGCUCAACGCACAAUCAAACGCUCUGAGGAGUUCGAAGACGAAAGUAUCUGAGUUGAUCGAUACCUCGUAUGCUUCUGAUACCAUCGCCGCUGCUGCCCCAACGCUGGCAUUCGACCAGGCGCCCCUUGUUCCCGCUUGUCCUAGCCAAGCCACGUUUUCGCCUGACAAGCCAGACCUCCCAAACGCAGCACUGAUUAAUAAUUCUGUGCCACUACCCACAUCUUCCGAAUUGGUCAUCGCCUCUCAUAUGACUGGUACAGAAAGAAGAGAUUCGACUCUUUCCAGUUUUAACUUGGAAACGAGCUUUAGGUUUCUGAAUCCAGACCUUGAUCUACAAGGGGCUGGGUUUCUACAAAGGCCCAUACAAAGUCAGAACGUGGAACGACCUGGCCAGGACCUGGCGAAGAUUGCAGACGGAAAUAAAGAAGGCCAUUCCCUAAACAACCCAGAUCAAAAUGUCGGUGGGGUUCAACGUCGCUGUUCCCGCUCUAAAUGUGAAAUGCUAUCCUCUGAUCAUAUCGUAGAGCGUUUGCAACCUGUCAGUGAAGUGGAGACGAGGGUUUUCUGUAAAAUAAUGAGGCAACACUCUUCAAAUAUCGGGAGCGGGCGCAGUUCAAAAGCAAGUCGAAAGGCUAAAAAAAAGGCCGCAAUUGCGGAAGCCUGGGGAACUCCUGUUCCUACAGGGGCCUCUGCAUCCGCCAAACGGGCAGAGUCUCCGGAAUAUAGUAAGUGGAAGAGAGAACAAUUGGCAGAACCGAGAGCUCGUGAGAAUAAUCGCAUAGCUGAUCUUUACACUGCCCUGAACCCUCUUCUCACCGCAGUACAAUGCUUCAGCGGCAUAGUCUCGCUUGAAAUCCAGUUUGGGUUAAUUUUGAUACAUAAUGUACCCAAAAUUUAUGUCGACAAGGCGAUUGAUGUGAAGACAUGGGAAAAACUGUUUCGACCACAGCAUGGCCUUCGAGGGCCGGGCACGAAAUUCAUGAAUUUACUCACCUCGUCCGGCGCAGACAUUGACUAUAUGCUUGAUUUGAAAAACGACUCUCGCCAUAGUUUGUUUUCGCGAAAUCCGUCCGUUCGCUCUGUAAGCUACGAAUUUCAUUGCCAGACCAAGAACAACCAGCCGAUUGUGAUUAAUGUAAACGAGACCGGGAUGACUGUUGUUACCAGGCCUGAGAUUGUUCUCGGAGCGGUGAACGUACACUUUCCACAGCAAAUUUGGGAUAUGAGGGUUGUUAUCAAGGGGGCGCAGGAAUAUGCUCCGGGGGUUGAUAAGGAGGUCGAUUGUGCCGUGGAGGCCCUCAUUUCCAACCUCUAUGUCUAUCCUGGCAGAGCAAAGGUCUUAUUGUUCACCCGACUUGACAACUUUGACAUCCUCCAUAUUACAAAGGUCUUCAUGCGGCGAACAACUCGUCAUCAUUGCCUCGAAGACGUGAGGAGCGUGAAGUACAACCCGCAAGCACAACCAUGGAGUGAAAAUCAUUGUAACCUGCCAUCCAACAUGACAAGUGCUUCCUCGUCAGAGCGAGGCUUAUACCUGCAAAUUACGGAAGUACAGAAUUUGCUCCUUGGUCGGAUGGCGACCGAUAAGACUUUGAUUCGGGCUCGCGCUCUUAGCCCUGAUGAAAUGGUUGAUAAUUCGAGACUGUGGUACGAAGCGUGCAUUGUUAGCCCAGCCGUUGACAAGGUAUUGGAGUCAAACAGAAGCCUUCCUGUGGGUGCACGUGUAUGGGAUUGGCAACCAGCGGACCUGAUGGGAAUUGAUGCUAAUAUCAUGACCGAAUACCCGUCUGAAACCAAGCGAAGGGUUGGAUCUAAUGGCUUGGCCAGUAUGUACCGGGUUGCGUCCCAAGUUCCAGUGCAUAUUGAUGGGGUAGGGUGGGCUAAUUCAGGGCCUACUGCUGAAGCAAGAACAAGCUUUCCAGCUUCAAGUGCCACCGCCGCGUCCAACCUCGCUGUUGCAGCUGUUCCCAAUGUGGGGAUCGCUGAGCCGCUUAGGGACAUGGAGCGGCGUAUGCUCCAGGAAGGGGUUGACUGCUUGGAAAGCAUUAGCGGCAGAGAUACAGGGGAUGUGGGAGAAUUUUGGUAGAUGUCUGUGACGCAACGGACCUUGUGUCUUGACGAGGAACUAACCAACCACGUCGAGAUCUUGCAGCAGGCUCUAGCACGACGUCGCUUUGUUGACAAGUUAAUCAAUGCUUUGCUUGCUCUUUUUUCGCCAGCUUUCUGUUAGCUAUGCCUAAGGUCUGAA